UCCACUGCGCUGCGCUGUGCUGGAGAAAUGUCCGUGGCAUCGCUCGUGGACAAGGCGACGAGCGAUCUGCUCAUCGGCCCGGAUUGGGGGAGGAAUUUGGAGAUUUGCGACGCGCUCAACAAUGAUCCAGGGCAAGCAAAGGAGGUUGUCAAGGCGGCCAGGAAGCGGCUGGCGCACAAGAAUCCGACUGUCCAGCUCCUCACUCUCACCGUCCUGGAGACUCUGGUGAAGAAUUGCGGAGACGCUGUCCACCAGCAAGUUGCCGAGAAGGAUGUUUUGCACGAGAUGGUGAAGAUUGUCAAGAAGAGGGGCGACUUGAGCGUGCGAGAGAAGAUACUCGGCUUGCUGGAUUCGUGGCAAGAGGCAUUUGGUGGCCAGAGAGGAAGGUACCCGCAGUUCUUUUCCGCGUAUGAUGAACUCAGACGGUCGGGAGUGGAUUUUCCCCAGCGUCAAGAUGCUCCGCCUAUCUUCACUCCUCCUCAGUCGCAUCCUAUCACUGCAUAUCCAGCCCCGGGAUUUGUAGCAGCAGCAGCAUCACCGGAGCCGCCAUUGCCACCACUGGACGUAGAUAUCCAGCGACUGAGCUUAGCGGACCUUGACAGUGCAAGGAGCGGGAUGGAGGUUCUCUCGGAGAUGCUCAACGCGAUCGAUCCUCGAGAUAAAUCGGCUUUGAGGGAGGAGCUCAUUGUGGAGCUUGUGGAGCAAUGCCAACGGACGCAGAAGCAAGUCAUGCAUCUCGUCAGCACCACGUCGGACGAGACACUCUUGUUUCAGGCUCUUUCCUUGAACGACGACUUGCAGAAAGUCCUUGCCAAGCGUGACGCAAUCGCGUCGGGUGCUGCUCCUGCCGCGGCAAAACAGCCAGAGGCUCCGCCUGCUUCUGUUUUCCCACGCGAGGAGGAGGAAGGCGAAGAUGACUUCGCACGGCUUGCUCGCAGAAGCCGGCAAAACUCGGAUCAGCCUGCUCCGAAACCGAGCGCUCCCCCUCAACUCUUCCGAAUUCCCGGCCCUCCAGUCCCGCAAACGAGAAUCCAACCUCCUUCCAACAACAAGUCGACGAAACCAACGAGUGAAGAUCUCCUCAGCGGCGAAGCUUUCGGCGCUGGUGGAGUCGCGAGUGACUCGAAGAAAGCUGCUGUGCUGCACACGCAUGGCCUGGACGAGUUGGAGGAGCCGGAGGAGAACAUCAACCCGUUCGCCUUGCGCAAGCAGCCUUCCAACGGCGCCGCGCCUGCAACUUCAACUCCGCAACCUCUCCCUCCGCCGCCACAGAAGAACUCCCAGCGCCAGCAGUUUUUCCAGCACCACAGGCCAGUGUGGGACGAGGAUCGAUCAGAGCAAGAACACAUGCACAACCCAUACGCCGCGCUGUUCGAUCAGCCCAAGCAGCAGCAGCAGCAGCAGCAGCAGCACCAGGCCGAGAAGCCGACGGCGAUGUCGAGCAGUGCGACGCCGAGCAGCAGCAACAGCCUGUUCAGUGAUCUUGUCGAUCUCCAAGGCGCGAGGAUGAAACGAUUGUAAGCUAGACGAAGGCGGCAUAUCCCGUGUGUGAAUGGGAAGAAGAUUCCGGGUGCU